AUGGCCAAUUCCCCGCGACCAGAAAUGGCGAUUGAGAUACCAUUCGAGGCAGACAAAAAGGUCGACCCCGCUGUUGCGGUAAAUGAAGUCUCGGACAGACACAGUAACGCACCCUCACUGAAUGCGACACCGGCGACCAAUACCAACGUCGAAAAGGCCGAAAAGCAAGAGAAGAAAAGGUUUUUUGCCAAACCAUGGGGACGGCGUCAGAUCGGAGCGAUUUGUGCCCUUGUGUUUGUCGCGUUCACAUUGAGCGCACUGGUCAUUGCUCUCCCGAUUUACUUCACGAAAAUCUACGGAUAUGCGAAAGACACGGAUGACUACUGGAAGCUGCCUCAGCCCAAUGAAGAUGCUAGUUAUCAUGUCAAAAGAAAUGCGCCUCAAUUUGCUCUUCACAAUUUCCCAGACCCGGGCCUCAUGCAACACGAUGGCAUCUGGUAUGCCUAUGGAACCAACCCGAAGAAGAAGAACCCCAACAGUAUCCACGUGCCUGUGGCUACUUCGACCGACUUUGUCAAUUGGACGCUCAAAGAGGAUUAUGAUUCACUGCCCACACUUGGAACGUGGGAAGGAAAGGUCAAUCACUGGGCUCCGGAUGUUAUACAGCGGGUAGGGAUCGUCUACUUUUCUUUGUGCUGCCGAAAUGCUAACAUGUACUACCAGGAUGAUGGCAAAUUCGUGAUGUAUUAUUCAGGUCAAGUCAAGAAGAACUUUGGUACCCAUCACUGUGUCGGUGUCGCAGUAUCAAAUGGCACAAAUCCCUUGGGUCCAUUCAUCCCCGAGAAUGAGCCACUAGCCUGCCCUCAUAAACAUGGCGGUGCAAUCGACCCAUCACCUUUCAGGGACACGGGCGGUACACUCUAUGUUGUCUACAAAGGCGACGGAAACAGCAUUGGCCAUGGUGGGAACUGCGGAAACAGCAAGAAACCAGUGGUAUCUGUGCCACUUCUACUACAGGAGCUCAAGAGUGACGGCGUCACGACGGUCGGAGACGCAGUGAAAAUCCUCGAUAUUGACGGCUCAGACGGUCCACUUGUCGAGGCGCCCAAUCUCAUCGUCACAUCAGACGGAACAUAUUACCUGUUCUUCUCCUCGCAUUGUUAUACUUCUUUUGGCUAUAAUGUGAAGUACGCGCAUUCCAAGUCUCUCAAGGGCCCGUAUACCAGGGCCGAUCGGCCACUGCUGCAGACGUCUGAUUGGGGUCUUGAGUCGCCCGGGGGUGCAACGGUUUCAACCGACGGUUCCAAGAUCGUAUUCCAUGCAAAUUGUGGUACGCAUCGUUGUAUGUGGGCUGGAGCUAUUGAUAUUCGAUCGAACAACCAAACGAUUGUGAUGACUGAGCUCACAGCUCAGACAACGACAAAUUCCACGGGGAGCUCACGUUGA